AUGUCGCACGAUCAAUUAGAUGAGAGCUCACCGUAUAUAUACGAUCAAGCAUUAAUGCAAGUUCCUGUAGGAACCAUAUAUCAAGUAAAAAGACUCUUCUUUGAUUUGAUUACAAAAAAGAUUUCGUUUCAAGAAGCAUGCAAACAAUGUUUCUCUAUUUCCCAGACAGAUAAACCAAUUAAAAUCCUUAAUGAAUACUUAUGUCAUGUGAAAUCAGAACAAUUACAACGUAAUUAUUCAAAAAAUAUGAUUAGCAAAGAUGUAUUAGCCAAAAAGGUCAAAGCAUGGUCUCCUUUGGAAGAUCAACGACUUAUUGCUGCUAUUAGCAUAUAUGGAAUAGAAAAUUGGAAACAAAUUACCAAUUUUGUUGGAAAUUCAAGGACAAGAUCACAGUGUUCUCAAAAAUGGAAUAGAUCUCUGAAUCCUCUGAUAAAUAAAAAUCAAUGGACGCAACAAGAAGACCAAGCUCUAUUGAGAGCAACCACCUUGUACGGAGAUCAUUCUUGGGCAAGGGUGGCUGAAGAAGUUGAAGGCCGAACAGAUGUUCAAUGCAGAUACAGGUAUAACCUUAUAUCCAAAAAAUAUCCUCACGAUUUGGGCUUGACGUCAAAUCAGAUUUUCAAAUUCUUAUCAACGGGAGAAGUGCCCAUUAAACAUUGUAAAACAGAAAGUGCACCAAUGUAUAAUCCAAAAAGUCAUGAUAGUCCUAAAAUUGAAGCCAUUACUGUUAAGAAGACAGAAAGCAGUUUUCCAAAUGACGAUUGUGACAAAUUUGAUGAUAUAUUUGAGCAAUUAAAGCUUUCAGAAUGGAUUGGCGAUUUAGAAUCAGAUAUCACUCAUCAAAAUAGCGAAAUUUAA